UACUGGAACUAAGCAGGCAAGAACGCGUGUGAAGGUCGCGCAUGCGCCUCGGGAUUCUGGCUAUUUCUUCACGUGGAAAUCAGUCCUUAGGUUGAUAUUCGCGCACACUAUCACACAGCCUCCACGCAAAGACUCAGCAAACAUAAAAAUGGCAUUUAGAAAAUUCCUCCCCAUGUUUGACCGUGUGCUGGUGGAGCGGCUGGCAGCGGAGACAGUAACAAAAGGGGGCAUCAUGCUUCCGGAGAAGUCCCAGGGCAAGGUGCUGCAGGCCACAGUGGUGGCCACUGGUCCUGGUAGCACCAACAAGGAUUUCUACAACUGGCCAGAUGAGUCUUUCGAGGAAAUGGACAGCACCCUGGCUGUUCAACAGUACAUACAGCAGAACAUUCGAUCAGACUGUUCUAACAUUGACAAGAUCCUGGACCCCCCCGAGGGACAAGAUGAAGGUGUCUGGAAGUACGAGCACCUCAGGCAGUUCUGUCUGGAGCUGAAUGGGCUGGCUGUGAAACUGCAGAGCGAGUGUCAUCCAGACACCUGCACCCAGAUGACGGCUACGGAGCAGUGGAUCUUCCUGUGCGCUGCUCACAAGACUCCCAAAGAGUGUCCUGCAAUUGAUUAUACCAGGCACACCCUAGAUGGAGCUGCCUGCCUUCUCAACAGCAACAAGUAUUUUCCUAGCCGAGUCAGCAUUAAAGAGUCGUCGGUGGCUAAGCUGGGCUCAGUUUGCAGACGUAUCUACCGGAUAUUCUCCCACGCCUAUUUCCACCACAGGCAAAUAUUCGACAAGUAUGAGAAUGAGACCUUCCUCUGUCACCGGUUCACACGCUUUGUGAUGAAGUACAAUCUCAUGUCCAAGGAUAACCUGAUCGUUCCCAUCUUGGAAGAGGAAGUGCAGAACGCAGCCGCGGGGGAGAGUGAGGCUUGAGCUGAGUGAGGCUUGCCAACUGUACACUACAACAUGCACACGCCGGCGUUACAUACCUAAACCAUAAGUCUCAUGAGAAAUCUGUGGCACAAAAUAAGCCUUUUCAGCUAACAUGAUGCUGAGACCAUUGCUAUAGCCGUGGAAACAGUGGGAGUAUUUCGGUGUUACAAAACAUGAGGAUGUUGUGUGUCUGUGGGUUAUGCAUAUGAGGGUUAACGUUCUGAUUUAAAAUAAAAAUAAAAAACUUGUAUAUACUGCCUCCCCGUCUGGGAAGGAAAAAAGAUGUCCUGUUGAUAGCUGCUUCUCCUGGACUUGGUCUGACUUCUGUCCUGCUUUCCUGCCCUACCUAGGCAGGCAUGCUGCCUCUUCAUCUCUCUCUGCCAUUUUUAAAUUAUUGUGUGGGUUGCAACAGCCUGUCUACCACGUGAUUUUAUUUUCUCUUUUUUUUUUAAUGAACUAAAGUUUUAUUAUUGUUAUUUUCCGUAUAUGUAAUAAUAAAAUAAAAACUAAAUGUUACCCACA